CCCGACUAUAGCAAAUGGAAGCAGGUAUUUUGUGAGGAUCCAACGUACAAAGGAGGGGACCAAUUGAAGGAAAGCUGAAUUGGGAACUGUGGAAGAUAUGAUGAGAGAAUCAAUUUUGGAGGCUUGAAGUUGACAUGAUCCCUCAAGCAAGAAUCCUCCCCCAAACGAGGCGAGGCUAAGAAAGAGAUGUUGAUCGCAGCAUACGCAUACGCGUCGUUGGCGGGUUGGGGCGAUGGGAAGUUGCAGGAACCAUAUCAAUCCUGGGCAUUCAAAUUUACUUCACAACUCAAACAUUCUCUAUAUUGGAAGUGGGACGAAGUUGAGAAUUGGCAGAAGCUGGAUGAAUUGAUUUAUGAACUUAUUUGAAAAGAGUAAACAACGGAGUGCUACUGACCUACCCUACGUACCUAGGCUCGCUAGGCACUUGUGAAUUUGGAGCGUAGGUGUAGCCAGUAGCAGUUGUAGAGUAGUGAGUGGCUACUAGUGUUUUUCAGCAUUUGCCGAGGAUUACCCACAGUGUGAAUCUAGCUGAUAAAGUACUGGAUAAGAAACUCCAAUCUAGACCCGUACAAGUAGGCCUCUUACUACUGAGUACUCCUACAACAAUAGAGUGUCAACUCCUACAACCUCAAACUCCGUCUCCUACCACCUACGACUACCGCGCCUAGAAGGUACACGCCGCUCUCAUCCAACCUCGUCUUCGCUCCCACAAAGCCUCGCAUCUCAUCGCACCAACAACCAACCGUCCACUACACACAUCCCACUACCCCACCACCACUACCACCACCCUUCUCAGCUCGAGGCAACAACACCUCUCCCCAUCGCAUACAACCUCCAGCCAGCACAACCAUGUCCUUCGCCAACAAGAGAUUAGGAAAGGAAUUAGCAAAGGUUCGAAUAUACCACAUUUUAUUUCUUCUUAAUAGAGACUAGAAGCUAAUGCCCCUCUGCAGAUCCACGGCAGCCUACCGCCGGGCAUUACACUAGUAACCGCUGACGGCUUCCAAGAAUGGCUUCUCGACAUCCAAGUCCUUGACGCAAACCCGAUAUACAUGAACAAGACCUUUCGCCUGAAAUUCAAAUUCAGUACUUCGUAUCCAAUCGGUAUGAACAUGUGUCCCCCUGCAUUCCCCUCAUACUCUGCCCCUCUUCAGAAACCCUUUCAUAUCCCCUCCUUCUACCACCCCGUCUCAUGCUAACCCUCUAUCCAAUUCAUCUACAUUUACUAACCUCUACAGAACCCCCGGAAGUAACAUUCACACAACAACCCGACCGCCCUAUCCCCAUGCACCCACAUAUCUAUAGUAACGGAAUAAUCUGUCUCGACCUUUUGGGCCAACAAGGCUGGUCACCCGUUCAGAACGUAGAAAGCAUCUGCAUGUCUCUACAGAGCAUGUUAACAGGGAAUACCAAGAAUGAACGACCGGAAGGGGAUGCUGCGUUCGUGGCGAGUAACAGACGGAGACCGAGAGAUAUUGAUUUUUAUUAUCAUGAUAAUACUGUUUGAGGGUGAUUUUUGGAGAAGGAUUGGGAGGAGAGGAAGGGGUUUGGCUUGUAUGAGGGGAAGUGAAUGGAGAUGGGAAUAGGGAGACGUCUGACAGCUCGACUAUCCGUACUGCGCCAGGAACAAAACGGGCGGUUCUCUAUGCACGAGAUGUGCCCUUCAAUCCAUCCAUCCAUCCAUCCACAUAACAAACCUCGGACACAUGAUAGGACCAAAAGAUACAUCCCUGAAAGAAAGGGAGAAAAGGAGGCAGGCUCAUACAUCUCAAAGGGGCAUACAUAUCUAGCAGACACAGACACAGGACAGGUCAGGAAAGGCAUACUAGCAAAGCGUGGGCGUUUCGGGUGGUACUUCUUGUACAUUUGUCUUUUUUCAUCCUCUUCUAAAAUUUCAAUUUGCGGUACUUUUUAUAGGGAUAAUAUACCCAGUAUUCGACAAAUCACAAUUUAGUUCCCUG